CUGCUGCCGCCGCUGCCGGCAUGAGGAGGUCGGCAGGGGCGCCGCGCGCCAAGAGGCCGAAGCUGAGGGACGAGCCGGGCCGCCUCAGUGAAAAUGUCCUCUUUGGAAUGGGAAACCCUCUUCUUGACAUCUGUGCUGUGGUGGACAAGGAUUUCCUUGACAAAUACGGGUUGAAACCAAAUGACCAGAUCCUGGCAGAGGAGAAACACAAAGAGCUAUUUGAAGAACUGGUGAGAAAAUUCAAGGUAGAAUAUCAUGCUGGUGGAUCUACGCAGAAUUCCGUUAAAGUGGCGCAGUGGAUGAUCCAGUUCCCCUACAAAGCUGCAACCUUUUUUGGCUGCAUUGGAACCGAUAAAUUUGGUGAGAUCCUCAAAAGAAAAACGGAAGAAGCUCACGUCGAUGCUCACUACUAUGAACAAAGCGAAGAACCGACGGGAACCUGCGCUGCCUGCAUCACCAGUGAUAACAGGUCUCUGAUUGCUAACUUGGCUGCUGCUAAUUGCUAUAAGAAAGAAAAACAUCUUGAUAUGGAGAAGAACUGGAAGCUGGUAGAAAAAGCUAAAGUUUAUUAUAUUGCAGGUUUUUUCUUGACGGUGUCACCAGAAUCCAUAAUGAAAGUUGCAACUCAAGCUUCUGCAAACAACAAGAUCUUCAGUUUAAAUCUUUCUGCACCAUUCAUUAGCCAGUUCUACAAGGACCAACUGAUGGAAGUCAUGCCUUAUGUUGACAUCCUGUUUGGGAAUGAAACAGAAGCUGCCUCUUUUGCUCGUGAGCAAGGCCUUGAGACGGAGGACAUCGAAGAGAUUGCCCGAAAGACUCAGGCACUGAAAAAAGCAAAUCCGAAAAGACAGCGCGUGGUGGUGUUUACCCAAGGGAAGGAUGACACUAUCAUGGCCACAGAAAAUGAAGUAAGAGCUUUCCCAGUCUUAAUUAGUGACCAGAGUGAGAUAAUUGACACUAAUGGAGCCGGAGAUGCCUUUGUUGGUGGCUUCCUGUCUCAGUUGGUCUACGAGCGGCCGUUGACAGAGUGUAUCCGGGCCGGGCACUACGCUGCCAGUGUGAUCGUCAAGCGUUCCGGUUGCACCUUCCCGGAGAAACCUGACUUCAAAUGAUACUGACAAGCUGACGGCUCAACAGGAAAUGCUGCCUACUUCCUGCCCCCCAGUGACCCUGCACUGGCGUUUCUGUACUUCUGUUCAUUUGGACCUUGGCCACAUCUCUUAGAUGCUCCAUCAUCAUCAUGUCGGACUGCAAGAUCAUCCAGGGUGCAGUUUCUGGUGCCCUGCACAUCACACUCACACACACACACACACACACACACGCACAGAGUUCUCAAAGGAAUGCCCAAAUCCUUCUGGUAUCUAGAAGUUUGGCCAACGCUGCUCACCUCGGCCAAAAAAUAAUUCAAUUGGGAAAUAAGUAGACUAACAAUGUAAAAGCCUAAAAAAAGGGUUGGGCCUUGAUCCCUGGUGUGGUUUACUUACCUUCCCAGCUGAAUCCUGGUUCUCUUGCAGUAAUGAGGAAUACAAUCAUGAUUUCUGGGGUGACUCAAGAUUGUAUGAUUUGGUGUAGGAAAUUGGAUGCAGAUUCCUCAGAUGAGAGGUAGGACUUUCAUUCUUCAUGUUAACUUGGAUUUUGGCUAGGAAUCUCAUUUUCCCAGAACAGGAUCUGGUUGUUUUGAUAACUAAAGGCCAUAAUAGGUAUGGGCCACUUACGAACCCAUGGCUGCAUCUCAAAAAGUAUAGACGUAUUAUGCGUAAACAGAGUACAGAAAAUUCAUGCAGGCUGUUUCUUUGGGACAUGCCAAAAUGUUUUAUUUCAACGCACAGUUUUAAGACAAUAAGGGGUACGUCAAAUAAUGGAAAGAUCUUUUAUUUGUAUGACAGUAUUCAAGAAACGCAUUCUCCAAAGUAAUUUACUAUGUAAUUUGAUACUGAUAAAUAAAGGAAUUGUGAUA